AUGCACGAUUGUUAUACUUACAAGUUGGUCUCGGAGCAGUUGCAAUCACGUCGAGUUCCUAGUAGUAGGGCAAGGGCUGUGUCAUCAAGUCAAUUUGAUGCCGAUGGGGAUAAAACUGCGAAAGUUGCAUCAUGGCUUCUUUUCGUGAAUUGCCUUGACGACGACGGUAAUCUCAAGAGCACGAGUCUACUAUCACGGACGCAGCUGCACAACAUGGAACAUCGUCGAUGUGCACAUAUCGAGACCACUAGCAGAUUUUCGUUUAAUCAAAUGUGGACUCAUGACGAGGUUAAUCAGUACCUGCAAAAUGAAGUGUUUCCAUUGCCAUUUGAAUAUGUUAAUUCAAAAGAAAAAGGAAAAGGAAUUGGCACACCUUCGUGCCCGUGGGUUUUAAUAAGCAAGGAGCGGCUCCGAUACGAGGUCGUAAAUGUCGACAAGCCCACCGGCAGUGAUCUUGCACGAUUCCGAGGCAGACACAAGUGCCCUGUGAAAGAUGCCAACAUCAUCAUAGGUAAAGAGCCUCUGUGUCCUACAAUUUCUUGA